AUGGCAGUUAAUAAUGAAGCUGAAAAUCCACUCAUGGGUACCAUCCUCACUCCAGCCUUCAACAGGCCUAAUUCAAGCAUUGUCCAACCUAAUGUUGCUGACAAUAAUUGGGAGUUGAAGUCUUCCAUAAUUCAGUUGGUGGAGAGAGUUCAAUUUGGAGGAGAUGAGCAUGAGGAUCCUCACAGCAUUAUGCCUCCACGUAGGGUACCUACUCGCAGUAACCCGCAAGGACAAGAGGACAUACAAGGCCAGAUUAACACCUUACGGGACACCAUUACCCAGAUGCAGACUAAUGCAGGGGAAAUGUUCCAAAAUAUUCUGAAUGAAAUCAGGCGCCACCCUCACAACGCGACCAAUAAUAAUAACGUCGCAAGUGGCUCAGGCACUGGAGGAACAGGUAGUGGCGGACCCCAACCGCAGCCAGAACAUGGAGCGGCUGGCCGAAAUAAUCAAGAUCUGCUGCUGACAUUUAGGAAGCACAAGCCGCCCUCCUUUCAGGGAGGACACGAUCCAAUAGUAGCUGUGCAGUGGCUACAGGCCAUGGACAAAAUAUUCAGAGUGGUUCAAUGCACCGAUGAUCAAAAGGUGCUAUUCUCAGUGUAUAUGUUGGAAGGAGACGCCCAUCAUUGGUGGGCUAAUGCGUCCCAACCCUUGGUGAUGCAAAAUGUGGCAAUUUCGUGGGCCAUGUUCGAAGAAAUGUUCUUGGAGAAGUAUUUCCCGAUGUCAAUCCGGGAUAGCAAGCAAGGCGAGUUUGAUCGACUCGUGCAAGGAACCAUGACGGUGGAUCAGUAUCAUGCUAAAUUCAACGAACUACUCCGACUGGCAACUUACCGAGGAACUAUGCCCAUGCCAGACUUCCUGGCAGCAAAAUUUCAAAGGGGUUUAUCCGCUAGGAUUGCGGAACUGGUAGCUGGCAACGACCCCUGUGACCUAGCCACCCUGGUGAACAGAUGUAGAAAGGUGGAAGCGAUAGGAUUGCAAGCAAGGAAGCCUGCAGAGACCAGCGGAUCUGGAACCAAAGCUCCGAUGGCUAAGAAUGGACAAUGGAGAGGAAAACGCGAAGGCAGACCGUGGCAGCCCAGGCGUGAUGGUAAUAAGUUCAAGAGGCCCGGGAAUCCUCGAGGAAACGGCAAUAGGGCUCCCAAUUGCCCCAAAUGUAAGAAGGCCCAUUUUGGCAACUGUUUAAAUGGGUCGACACAAUGUUACAAGUGCGGCCAAGAAGGACACUUCAUCAAAGAUUGUCCACAAUGGGGAGAACAACAGACAGCCGCAGAGGCGCCAAGAGUGGGCAGAGUUUACACGCUGGAUCAACAUGUGGCGGACCAGGCGGCCGAACUAGUUAAAGGUACGAUCAAUAUAUGUGAUGAGGAACUAUCUGUUUUAUUUGACUCUGGUGCGACCAAUUCCUUCAUUGCUGAUUAUGUGGCAAAAGCCUUUAACCUAACUAUGAGCCCAAUGCAAUCCCCUAUGCAAGUCACCUCUGCGACGGGGGAAGUGACAGUGUCUCACUUCACAUGUAGAAGUGUAGAAUUCAGAUACAAAGGAAAGAAGUACAACCAAGACUUCAUAAUCCUCCCCUUAGCCAAACUGAACCUGAUUUUGGGAAUGGAUUGGCUGGCCAAACAACACGUAGUAAUUGAUUGUAACAGCCGAAGUAUAAUAGUCGGCGGGGAUAUGAUGGGGACCCCACUCCCCAAUACUCCACCGGUCGAAUCGGGAGAUUGCACUCUCAUGCUAAUAGCCGGUCUAGUAGGUGCGAGCGAGAUCCCGUUGAUGAACAUUCCCGUGGUCAAAGAAUUCGAGGAUAUAUUUCCUGACGACAUUACCACCUUUCCCCCUGAAAGGGAAGUGGAGUUUUCUAUUGAACUUAUUCCCGGGACUGGACCAAUCUCAAUUGCACCCUACCGUAUGUCUCCCCUUGAAUUGGUAGAAUUGAAGAAGCAAUUAGAAGACCUGCUAGGGAAGAAUUUCAUCCGACCCAGUGUAUCCCCGUGGGGAGCACCAGUUCUAUUCGUAAGGAAGAAGGACGGAUCAAUGAGACUUUGCACAGACUAUCGGCAACUCAACAAAGUGACUGUCAAGAACAAAUACCCAUUGCCUCGUAUCGAGGACUUAAUUGAUCAGUUAAGGAGUGCAAAGGUGUUUUCGAAGAUUGAUCUUCGAUCAGGAUAUCAUCAGAUCCGGAUCAAACCGGAGGACAUCCCUAAGACAGCUUUCAGAUCAAGAUACGGGCACUAUGAGUACUUGGUCAUUCCCUUCAGAUUGACUAAUGCCCCGGCUGUAACACCCUUAAUGAGGCCAUCAAAGGUGUAA